CAACGUUUCACCACCCUAGACUAUGUCAUCUUCUCAACCAUGUUGCUUUUGUCGGCGAUAGUCGGCAUAUUCUAUGCCUUCGGGGGAGUAUUAAAAUCUCACAAGGACUUUCUGAUGGCGGACCGCAACCUCAGUUCUUGGCCUGUGUCAUUUUCCCUCACGACCAGUUUCAUGUCGGCCUUAACGGUGCUGGAGACUCCUGCCGAAAUCUACCGCUUUGGAAGCGUUUAUAUCAUCUUUGCUCUCUCCUACGCCAUCAUGGUGGUGAUCAGUGCCGAAGUGUUCCUACCCGUCUUCUAUCGACUGGGGAUCACGAGCACUUACGAGUACUUGGAGCUUCGGUAUAAUAAGUAUAUGCGUAUUCUUGGAACAACGAUGUUUAUAACAGUAACGAUGUUAUACACUGGAAUUGUUAUAUAUUCUCCAUCAUUGGCUUUGAAUAAAGUUACAGGAUUUCGGUUGUGGGGAUCAGUAAUAGCAACAGGAUUAGUCUGCACCUUCUACUGCACAGUAGGUGGCCUAAGGGCAGUAGUCUGGGCAGAUGUUUUCCAAUAUAUACUGAUGGUAACUGGGUUUGUAGCAGUGCUUGCAAAGGCUGUGAUCAUUAAAGGAGGAUUUGGUCCUAUUCUAUAUGAUGCUUACCAGGGAGGAAGACUAAAAACUUGGGACUUUAACCCAAGUCCUUUGCAAAGGCAUACUGUGUGGACCAUUGUUAUUGGUGGCACUUUUACUUGGCUUGGCAUGUAUGCAACAAAUCAAAGUCAAGUUCAACGAUAUUUUGCUUGCAGAUCACAGUGGGAUGCCAAAUGUGCUCUGUAUCUAAAUCUUGUGGGACUCUGGAUAGUUCUGAUUUUUGCAUCACUGAAUGGACUAUCAAUGUACUCAAUAUACAAGGAUUGUGAUCCAUUGACAGCCGGAGUUGUAUCAGCACCGGAUCAGCUCAUGCCAUAUUUUGUUCUGGAUAUUCUGGAAGAUUAUCCAGGAGCGCCAGGACUUUUUGUGGCUGGGACCUACAGUGCUUCAUUAAGUUCAGUAUCUACCAGCAUCAAUGCAUUAGCUGCUGUAACUUUAGAAGAUUUUAUUAAGCCUUAUUUCACACUGUCUGAAGAAAAGUUAUCAUAUGUUUCCGUGGGAAUGAGUCUAUUAUUUGGUAUAGGAUGCCUUUCCAUGGCUGUAUUAUCAUCAGUUAUGGGUGCUUUAUUACAGGCUGCGCUCAGUGUUUUUGGAUUAAUUGGAGGACCUUUAUUAGGAAUAUAUUCUUUGGGCAUCCUAUUUCCUUUUGCAAAUUCUAAAGGUGCAUUCUCAGGUUUUAUUUGUGGAUUUUGUCUAAUAAUGUGGAUUGGAAUUGGUGCUCAGAAAUACCCACCAGCACAUCACAGGACAAUGCAAUUACCUCUUUCAACUGCAGGCUGUCAAAGAUCCAAUGUCAGUGCAUUGGUACCAUUAACAGUUACUAGCCCUUCACCAGCUCCUCCAAG